CAAUUUUUGAACCUUUUUUUUUGUGUUUUUAAACAACUCUACGUGUGCACUAUAAUGGUUCUGAGCAGCUGAUGAAAAUGUCAUUUGUCCUUUGGACGGAUUCGAAUGGCUCAAAAUGCAUAUCACUCAUUCAUACAGAUCAGGAGGCUCCUGCUGUGCUUUCUAGUGGGCACCAACACCAUCCAGUCACAAAGUCCAGUCAUUAUAAUAAUAAUUAUUAUUAUUUUUAUUUUUUAUUUAUGGACGCCUUUCCCAUUGGUUGGUGCAGAUUAAUGGCAAGUUUUGCCACCUUUAUACAUAUAUCUAACUUUGCCUGCGUGUGUGCGCGAGCCCGUGUUCAACUCGCGUCACCCCAUUCCGCCACACUCCCACCCAUCCUCCUUUUCACGCCUCUCUCCCUCCCCGUGGUCUCACUGAGAGAGAGAAAGGGAGAGAACGAAAAAAAGAGGGAGGAAUAGAGCGAGAGAAACCGCACUCUUGAUACACGACCACAGUCUCGCCCCGUCCGGUCCAAUGAAGCAGGUAGAGCGGUAGAACGCUCAGAAGCUACCGUCCCGUAUCCGUUGACCCUUGUCCGCGUCCCCGACUCCGUGUUCGACAUGGACAACUCCUAGCAAACAAACUGCAAACAGACGGCAAAGGAUCACCCACAUCGGAUUUUUGUAUCCCCCAGCGCAGCUUCUCACUUCCUCUCAGCGCUGACAUUUUGGAUGUAAAACAGAGGAAGAGAAAGUUCCACACGGAGAGUUUCCAGUUGGCGUACAGUAUGGUGAUCAGGCUGUGAAUAUCGUGCAGCUGAGAAAUCAGACCAAACUGACUCACAGGCUUCUGUGAGCCAGCGUCACGCAGGCUGCCAAGAGCAUGCUGUUGCCAAGCUGUCCCACCAUGCGCAGAGCCAGACCCUCACUUCUGCUGUGGCUGCUGCUGGUCCUGGUUCUGCUGCUCCACCUAACUGACGCUCAAACACCCCCAAAGUUUUUAAGAACCCCCAAUGACCAGACAGGUGUCCAAGGAGGAGUGGCCUCCUUCAUCUGCCAAGCCUCUGGGGAUCCACGGCCAAAAAUUGUGUGGAACAAGAAGGGGAAAAAAGUCAGCAACCAGAGAUUUGAGGUAGUGAUCGAGUUCGAUGACGGCUCUGGGUCUGUGCUAAGAAUUCAGCCGCUACGCACACCUCGAGAUGAAGCCAUAUAUGAAUGUGUCGCCUCUAACAGUGUUGGAGAGACGAGUGCCACGACCAGACUGACAGUUUUGCGUGAAGACCAGCUGCCCCCUGGGUUCCCCACCAUAGACAUGGGGCCACAGCUAAAAGUGGUGGAGCGAACGCGGACUGCCACCAUGCUCUGUGCUGCCAGUGGCAACCCCGACCCUGACAUCACCUGGUUUAAGGACUUUCUGCCCGUCAACACCACUAACAAUAAUGGUCGGAUCAAACAGCUCAGAUCAGGUGGUACACCAAUAAGAGGAGCCCUCCAGAUCGAACAAAGUGAAGAGUCAGACCAGGGCAAGUACGAGUGCGUUGCGACCAACAACGAUGGGACACGCUACUCUGCUCCAGCCAAUCUCUAUGUCAGAGAGCUUCGAGAAGUCCGCCGCGUCCCCCCACGAUUCUCCAUCCCACCGACAGACAAUGAAAUCAUGCCGGGAGGCAGCGUCAACAUCACAUGUGUGGCGGUAGGUUCGCCCAUGCCGUAUGUGAAGUGGAUGCUUGGUGCCGAGGACCUGACACCGGAGGAUGACAUGCCCAUCGGGCGGAAUGUUUUGGAGCUUACGGACGUUCGUCAGUCAGCCAACUACACAUGUGUGGCCAUGUCCACACUGGGGGUGAUAGAAGCAGUGGCACAGAUCACAGUUAAAGCUUUGCCCAAAGCCCCCGGCAUCCCUGUAGUGACAGAGCGCACUGCCACCAGCAUCACUUUGACGUGGGACUCUGGAAACCCGGAACCUGUUUCUUAUUACAUCAUCCAACACAAGUCCAAGUACUCAGACGACUUGUACAAGGAGAUUGACGGUGUGGCCACCACUCGUUACAGUGUCGGCGGCCUCAGCCCUUACUCGGACUAUGAGUUUCGCAUUCUGGCUGUCAACAAUAUCGGGAGAGGGCCGUCUAGUGAGAGCGUUGAGGCCAAAACAGCUGAACAAGCGCCCAGUACUGCACCGAGGCAGGUCCGCGGACACAUGAUGAGCACUACCACGGCUGUGAUCCACUGGGACGAACCAGAGGAGGCCAACGGUCAGAUUAUGGGCUACAGAGUCUACUACACCAUGGAGCCGACCCAGCAUGUUAACCUCUGGGAGAAGCAGAUCGUUCGUGGCUCCAACUUUGUCACCAUCCAGGGCCUGAUCCCUAAUAAAACCUACAACAUCAAGGUGUUGGCUUACACAUCAGUGGGUGAUGGGCCCCUCUCACCAGAUCUUCAAAUCAUUGCAAAAACUGGAGUUCCAUCUCAACCAACUGACUUUAGAGGAGAAGCCAAAUCAGAAACCAGUAUUUUGCUGUCGUGGGUUGCCCCAGCACAGACAGGCCAAGAAAAUCAAAUCACUGGUUAUGAACUAAUGUACAGGAAGAGAGAUGACAAGGAUGAAAAACAUGUCAGUUUUGAACCCACAACCACCUACUUUCUGAAGGACUUGAAGCCAUUUACCACCUACACUUUUCGACUGGCUGCCCGAAGCAAACAUGGGGUUGGAGCAUAUACCAAUGAGGUCUCUGCAGAGACGCCGCAAACACACCCCUCCGGACCCCCACAGGAGGUGAGGUGCUUUAGUCCCAGCUCUACCAGUCUGCUGGUAAGUUGGCAGCCACCGACCAUGGAAGUCCAAAAUGGGUUAAUUACCAAAUAUACCAUCCAAUACGUUGCCACUGAAGGAGAGGAUGUCACCACUCAUCAAAUCGCCAGUGUCCCACCAGAAAGCUCACAGUACCUUUUGGAGAACUUGGAAAAGUGGACAGAGUACCACGUGACAGUCACAGCUCACACAGAAGUUGGAGCCGGACCAGAGAGUCUGCCGCUGUUGGUCCGCACGGAGGAGGAUGUGCCCAGUGGGCCACCUCGUAAAGUUGAGGUGGAGGCUGUCAACUCUUCAUCAAUUAAAGUGAUCUGGCGCUCGCCGAUGCCCACCAAGCAGCAUGGUCAGAUCCGAGGGUACCAGGUGCAUUAUGUCAGAAUGGUAAAUGGGGAGCCCACGGGACAGCCAGUCAUCAAGGACAUCUUGAUGGACGAUGCCCAGUGGGAGUUUGAUGAUACAACUGACCAUGAAAUGAUCAUAACAGAACUUCAGGCUGAAACCACGUAUUCCGUCACUGUGGCUGCAUACACAACUAAAGGCGAUGGUGCACGCAGUAAACCGAAACUCAUCACUACCACUGGUGCAGUCCCUGAAAAACCUCGCCUGAUGGUCAGUCCCACCAACAUGGGCACGGCUCUCCUCCAGUGGCAUCCCCCAGCAGUAACCCAUGGGCCACUGCAAGGCUAUCGGCUCCGCUUCGGUCGCAAAGACUUGGAUCCGCUAACCGUCAUUGAGUUUCCUGAGAGAGAGAACCACUAUACCACAAAGGAGAUCCACAAGGGUGCUUCAUAUACUUUUCGCCUCUCUGCUCGCAACAAGGUGGGAUUUGGUGAGGAGACUGUCAAAGAGAUCACCACAAAUGAAGAUGUACCGAGUGGCUACCCUCAGAGUAUUACAGCAGAAGGAGCCACCACCACCACCACUCGGGUCAACUGGGAACCAGUCAUCCUAGCAGAGCGAAAUGGGCAAAUAGUAAAAUAUGCUCUACAGUAUAAGGACAUUAACAGUCCACGCAGCCCUUCGGAACUGUUCAUUACGGCCCCAGAGUCCACAGUCAUCUUGGAUGGUCUCAAAGCAGAAACCACUUAUGAUAUUAAAAUGUGUGCUUUCACCAGCAAGGGUUCUGGCCCAUAUAGUCCAAGUGUCCAAUUCAGGACACAGCCUUUGGAUCAAGCAGUGUUUGCAAAGAAUUUCCAUGUGAGAGCUGCCAUGAAGACCUCAGUGCUACUGACGUGGGAAAUCCCAGACACAUACAACGCUGCACAGCCUUUUACAAUCCUCUAUGACAAAGGUCAGAGUGUGGAGGUGGAUGGGAAGCUAACACAGAAGCUCAUCACUGGUCUUCAGCCUGAGACGCAGUACUCUUUUCUUCUGACCAACCGGGGGAACAGUGCAGGAGGCUUGCAACACCGUGUUUCGACUAUGACGGCACCAGACAUCCUUCGCACCAAACCUUACCUCAUUAGAAAGACCAAUUCUGAUGGAAUGGCAACAGUAGCGCUGCCCUUGGUUCAGACAUCAGGGACAGUAUGGGGUUACUACAUUGUGGUGGUACCACUGAAGAAGCAGCAGACUGGGAAGUUUUUCAAACCUUGGGACAACCCUGAUGAAAUGAACCUAGAAGAACUACUGAAGGAAAUCAAUCAAACCAGACAAAGUUUUCGUGUCAGACGACAGGCUGAACCUAAACCGUACAUCGCUGCCUACUUCAAGGAGCUGCCAAAAGAUUUCACUUUGGGUGAUGGAAAAGUCUAUGGAGAGUUUGAGAACAGGCAACUGCAGAACAGCCAGGAGUACAUCUUCUUUGUGCUUGCAGCAAUGGAGAUGUCUGAAAAUAUCAUGUAUGCCACCAGCCCGUACUCAGACCCUGUGGUUUCAGCAGAUAUUGACCCCCAACCAAUCAUCGACGAAGAGGAAGGCCUUAUCUGGGUGGUGGGCCCGGUGCUAGCAGUGCUCUUCAUCAUAUGCAUCGUCAUUGCAAUCCUGCUCUACAAAAGCAGCAAACCAGACAGAAAACGAGCUGAAUCUGAUGCACGGAAAAGCAGUUUGCCCAACAGCAAGGAAAUGCUGCUGCACAACCUGACCGAUCCCGUCGAACUUAGACGUCUCAACUUCCAAACACCGGGAACAAGUACGCCCAGUCACACCAGUAACCUUCAUAUGUCAAGUAUGGCAAAUCAUCCCCCAAUCCCCAUCAUGGAUCUGGCGGAUCAUCUGGAGCGCUUGAAAGCCAACGACAACCUUAAAUUCUCCCAGGAAUAUGAGUCCAUUGAUCCAGGCCAGCAGUUCACUUGGGAGCACUCAAAUCUGGAGGUCAAUAAACCGAAGAACAGAUAUGCUAAUGUUAUUGCGUAUGACCAUUCCAGAGUCCUGCUUACUGCUGUAGAUGGAAUACCUGGGAGUGACUACAUCAAUGCAAACUACAUUGAUGGCUACCGGAAGCAAAAUGCCUACAUUGCCACUCAAGGUGCCCUUCCUGAAACAUUUGGUGAAUUUUGGAGAAUGAUCUGGGAACAGAGGAGUUCGAUAAUUGUCAUGAUGACAAAACUGGAGGAAAGAUCCCGGGUGAAGUGCGACCAGUAUUGGCCGACAAGAGGCACAGAGACGUACGGCCUCAUCCAAGUGACAUUACUGGAUACAGUAGAGCUGGCUACAUACUGUGUCCGAACCUUUGCACUUUAUAAAAAUGGUUCCAGCGAGAAAAGAGAAGUAAGGCAGUUUCAGUUCACAGCCUGGCCUGACCACGGGGUACCAGAGCACCCCACACCAUUCCUCGCAUUUCUGCGACGGGUGAAAGCAUGCAAUCCUCCGGAUGCCGGGCCCAUGGUGGUACACUGCAGUGCUGGGGUGGGGCGCACUGGUUGUUUUAUUGUAAUUGAUGCCAUGAUGGAACGCAUCAAACAUGAGAAGACAGUGGACAUCUACGGCCAUGUAACGCUCAUGCGUGCUCAGCGUAACUACAUGGUGCAAACAGAGGAUCAGUAUACCUUCACUCAUGAUGCACUACAGGAAGCUGUCAACUGCGGCACCACAGAAGUACCCGCCCGAAACCUCUAUGCCUAUAUCCAGAAACUGACGCAGAUAGAAGGUGGAGAGAAUGUCACAGGCAUGGAAUUGGAGUUCAAGCGUUUAGCAAACACUAAAGCCCACACAUCACGAUUCAUCAGUGCCAACCUUCCCUGCAACAAGUUCAAGAACCGCCUUGUCAACAUAAUGCCAUAUGAAUCCACAAGAGUUUGUCUUCAGCCAAUCCGUGGAGUUGAAGGCUCAGACUACAUCAAUGCCAGUUUCAUAGAUGGCUAUAGGCAACAGAAGGCCUACAUCGCCACACAGGGCCCACUGGCAGAAACUACUGAGGACUUCUGGAGAAUGCUUUGGGAGCACAACUCCACCAUUGUUGUCAUGCUCACCAAGCUCAGAGAAAUGGGCAGGGAAAAAUGCCACCAAUACUGGCCAGCAGAAAGGUCAGCCAGAUACCAGUACUUUGUGGUGGACCCCAUGGCUGAGUACAACAUGCCGCAGUACAUCUUACGAGAGUUUAAAGUAACUGAUGCGCGGGAUGGACAGUCUCGGACAGUCCGGCAGUUCCAGUUCACGGAUUGGCCAGAGCAAGGAGUGCCAAAGUCUGGAGAGGGUUUCAUCGACUUUAUUGGUCAAGUUCAUAAAACGAAAGAGCAGUUUGGCCAAGAUGGACCUAUCUCAGUCCACUGUAGCGCGGGAGUAGGGAGAACAGGAGUUUUCAUCACACUCAGCAUCGUCUUGGAGAGAAUGAGAUAUGAAGGCGUUGUAGACAUCUUUCAGACGGUAAAAAUGUUGCGGACGCAAAGACCGGCAAUGGUACAGACUGAGGAUCAAUACCAGUUCUGUUACAGAGCUGGUCUGGAGUACCUGGGAAGCUUUGAUCACUAUGCAACGUAAAAUUCUGGCGUGGAAGUAAGCAGAAGUGGUGGGCUGUUUGGAUGGAAAACCCAGUGCGCCUCUCUACUGAGCCAUAAAUUACUGCUUGAGAAAGGACUCAUCCCAGACAUGUUCAUAAGUGUUGAAUGUGUGACAUACGUUGUCCAAAAAAUAUAAAAAAUAAUAAGAAUAUAAUUCCCAGAGGACCAACUAUUUCCUGACCCUGAAAAAGAACUUGACGGAGGGCAGUUGAAUCUGGACUGUUGCAGCAUCUCUGGUGCUUCGAGUAUUCUCUCGAUUAACUCAGUGAAACCAACACAAAACGUCCAUGACAGCAUUCGAGAUGCAACCGUGAUUAUGAGCCAUUACCAGUGGCAGUGGCAUUGGAGGCACAGGAUGACGACAGAGUGGCAUGAGGGACAUGAUGCACAAUGUAACAACUCCAUCAGAUCCUCAACCACAGUUAAAAAAUAUAAUGCUGCUGGGUCCAGGUCAGCAGUAUGGACUACUUAUAGUAAUAAGGAAUAAAGAACCAUUUCUCUCACUGAUCUUCAUCAAAUUAUGGAAACAGGGACAGUAAAUAUAUUUAAAAACUGAAAUAUUAAUUUAGUUUUUUCGUACUUUGUUAAAUAGCUGUUUUUUUAUCUUGUGACUCUUUUUUUUUUUUAUAAAUCACUUGUGUUGUAAGUGAUUAAAAACAAACUUUUUUUGUGUUAUCGUCAAUUUCGUCUGAUAUAUAUAUAUUUUUUUAAUCGUAAUUUCCCCCCAUCUUCUGUUACAUGUCGAAAUAGAAAAUUUGAAUUCUAUAUAGAAAUUAUAUUUUAACUUUUGCAACUAUUUUCAAUCAAUCUCCCACUCACUACUGGGGGUUGUGGAAUCAACAGGAAUGAGUAAAGUAUGAAGGUGCUGCUACCGAUUAUAUCAGUUCUUCCGUGUCAGAAUGAUGAGUUGGUUAAUAUAUGGUAUAUAUAUUUAUAUAUAUUGUGGUGGGACUACGAACUGCGAACUAUGAUUAAUUAAUAACAACAUUAUUAACCUUAAUUAAUUACAAUUAAAAAAUAAUUUAACGUAUUUUAAUUUCAUUUAACAGUUUGCUCUCCAGACAACACAGAACCUUUGUCAGUGCAUGUUUCUGGUCCACUGAUCACAGUGAUGCACAAGACACGUCACUGCUAGGAUGAUAACAACAACAAACAUGGAGGAAUCCCUGAAGAAAAGCAAACAAAAGCAGUCUGUUUGCUUUUGUUCAGGGAUGUUUUUCACUACACAAUGGCCAGGGUUUCCACUACUCUGAAUGUACUUGAAAUUCUUAUAAAAUUCAAAUUCUUAUACAAAUAUUUUCAAGACAUUAGAGCUUUAGUUUAUAUAGCCACCAUUGUGAUUUAUCGUACAAUAUUGUGCUUAUACCAUUAAACUGCGAUUAUUAUUAAAUCUUUUUUUAAUCGAAUCCCACCCCUAAAAUAUAUAUAUAUAUAUAUAUAUAUAUAUAUAUAUAUAUAUCUAUAUACCCACACUCACAUUGAUCUUUGUGUCAACAGAAUUCAGAACUCUACAUACUAUAACAUGGAAAGUGUGCUGUGGGGAAAUGAAUUGAUUCUUCACUGGAAUGCACAUCAGUUGGACAAACUUGUAUUCUGAAUCUGUGUCUCUUCUUGUGCAAUAAAUAAGUUUUUAGAUAGUGGGUUUUAUUAUGUGGAUGUGUGUUCACUCCCAUGGUUGUCAUUUCUCCUUUGGGGAAAUGGUGCAAUGCUGUGAACAGGAGGUCUCACAGUUGCACUCAGUGCUAUUCAUGAUUGAAGAAAGUAUAAAGACAUCACUGUUCUGUGGUUGUUUUCUCUUCAUUUCACAUUUAGAGUGCCUUAUAUUUCUGCCUGUUUUUAUAAUGUUCAUUUGAUGUAUUCAAAUGUUGAAGCAGUUGGUGAAAACUUUUCCAUUUCACAUUUACCUUAACACAUGAUGAGAUCAUAUAUGCAAAUAACACAAUUUUUCAAACUCUUGUAUUUCAUUUUCAGUGGCCUUAUUGUGGCUGAGGACGCUAGAAUCAACCCAUUGCAUCAAAGGCUAUGCUCAUUUGUAAUGAGAAACCGUACAUACCAUUCAUGAGCUUCUUCACUGAUUCUGAUUUUACUAUACAGUGGACCAUAAUUGAGAUUCCAAUAAAUCCAUGCUUCAUUAGCCUUGAAUUCCAGAUAACGUCACUAUGGACAAAUUGCAAAAACCCAAACCAAAAGGAAUAAAAAAAGAGAAAGAAAAAUGAUCAGACACUCUUGACAUCAGCGGUGUGUCCAACAGGUAUGAUGAUCUGCUUCUGUGACGUUUCAGUCUUUGUGUCUCCUCGGUGGCUUUGUUGGAUGUGCAUUCCAGGGGUUUUCUUUCCCUUAAACUCGUGAAUGCUGGUCUCUACUCUUACAGAUAUGUCCACUUUUAUGUCUAGAAUCACAUUAGCAUAGAAAAUAUGCCUUGUUGUUAUUAUUAUUGUUGUUAUUUUAUAUAUAUUUUUUAUUUUUAUUUUUAUUUUGAAAGUGAACACAUGGCAACUUAUAGAGGCACAUGGAAAAUGCUACAUGUCUUCUUCGACUUAGAUCUAGGGUUUGGAGACACCACAAUGGUCACACGUGUCAUGGCACAUCUUCAUCCGGCUAAAAACUUUCCACACUGCUUUUAAGAGAUGAUUUGAAAGCAUUAGGGAUGACAAUGAGCAACAACAAGUUGAAGGCUCAAUUAUUACAUAUCCUUCAAUAAUAAUACUUGUUUGUGUGCAGCAAUAUUUGUUUGAAUAAUUAAUGUGUACUGUAGCACAAAAAUGAGCUGAGGUAUUUGGACAGCUGCAAUUGACGCAAAAAGUGAUUUGACUAAACUACACUUGUUGUCUGGCAGGUUACAUAUUCUUGUGUUGCAACAUUCUCCAUCAACUUGGAGCCAAGGGCAAUUGCUAAAUGCUAGGGUUAGCACCUCACAUCACUGGGAUUUGAUACAUAUUUCAGAACUGUAAUAAGAGUGUCUGUGAGACUACUAUGGACAUUUUCAUAAAAUGCCCACCUGAUAUACACAUUCAUGUUUUGCUUUAAUUAUGAAAUAAAAUUGAUCUAAUAUUUAUCUGAACUGUACCUCAUCUUACAAUUCUGUCCAACUUUACAACAGGAUAUUUACUUGUCUGCAAAGCUUUGCUCAACUUUGGUUGUCAUUUCCAGGUACAAGGUGAAUCAUUGCGGGAGGGCUGUUGCCAGCCCGGUAGAAAGAUUUGCACUUUCUCUGUCUUUGUACUAUGCACUGCCCUAUUGAUUCUCAACCCAAUAAUCUAUGACUUGAAUUUAUUCAUAAAAGUAUCCUUAUUUGUUCAAUCUCUGUGUAUGUAAAUAAUAAAGAAAAAAUAUUCAAAAGCCCAAAAAAAAAAAAAAAAAAAAAGUGGCAAAAAAGAGCAUCAGUUCCGGUGCCAUGCCAAAAGCAGCAAAUGAUGUCCCCUAUCAUUUGCUCCUGUGGCUUCGCCAUUCAAGCUUGGAGUGUCAUUAACAGAAAUAAACGUUGUGUUCUCUGCUCUCUAUCUAUCUAUCGUCUGGAUGCAUAGACUGAAAAAUAAAUUACAAAAUUGUAAAAGAAAAAAAGGCUUGUUAAAAGGAUUACAAUUACCUCUGAUUAGUUCUUAGUGUAAAACAAAUGUUUCUUUACCUGAAUAAAAGAAGUGCUUUUUAUUUUCUUACCUCGGUUCCAUUGAUGGCAAAAGUCGUCUGUAUGAAAAUUGGUUCUUUGCUGACAAAAGUUCCAUUUGUUAUAAAUGAAUUGUAUUAAAAAAUGUCAGUGUUUCA